UAGGAUGUGGACCAAGAGGAUUUUUUCGUGCUUGGUUGGACUGGUGGCGUUGACGGGUUUUCUCGUAGUAAAAGUAACAGGACAAGACCCUCCAACUCUCGGGAGGAAAACGCUUCUCAAGGUGGAUGGAGAUCAGACGGCUGCCUCAAAUCGAGUGAGGAGAAGAGGAAAACAGGAGUCCCUACGAGGGCCCAAUGUGUGUGGAUCACGUUUCCACUCCUACUGUUGUCCAGGCUGGAAAACCUUGCCCGGGGGCAACCAGUGUAUCGUGCCCAUUUGCCGGAACAGCUGUGGAGAUGGAGAUGGAUUGCUCACGGCCCAACAUGUGCACAUGUCCCCAGUGGCCAAAUGCACCAACCUGUGGCACAAAGUCCA